AGGCAGAUAGCGGAGCAAUCUUGAAACAGUUUACCAAAAGCAAAGCUGCCGGUAACAUGCGAAUGAAACGAUGAAUAGACAAGAAACUUUUAGGCGACACAACUGAAAACUUCAGGAUCCUUUUAUAGACUUCUAAGAAACGAAGACGCAAUUUAGUGUCAUAAUUCAGCGACUAUGUUUGACAAAAGACUAAAAUCGUAUUUGGAUUCUAGGUUGGAGAUCGUAUUUAAACAAACCCAUCUGUGAUUGUCGGUUUUCUUUUUCGACAGCAAAGCAUGUAAUGACACAUCGUUUAAACUACAUUCACUCGGGUUGAACCCUUUACAAUGACCGACAUAAGCUUGCACGAGCUGCUGGAGCUCUCUAUAGGAACUGAAGAUGUCGGAGCUGUCAAUUUCGGCGCAUUGCACGCGCUACUAAACGCCAUCCUCGGGCACCUGAAGAUUGAGGGGAUCACGACUGCCUGGAGAGAUGUGGACCACCGCAACGGCGGCGGCCCGUCUCAGAGUAAAGCCUUCGCCCUGGACAAAUCGAGCCCAAAUGCAGUGAUGGAGGAGAAGGUUCGUCGGAUGGAGGAGCAGAUGUCUUUGCUGGAGUCUCUGCCCAGCGCCUCGCAGCUCCUCAGAUCUGACAGUGCUGUCAAUGACAUGUGGAGCCUCAUGCAGCUCCGCAGGAAGACGGAGAGCAACGAGGAUGGAGUGUCCAAGUGUAUGGCUUUAAUACAAGAGCUGCUGACAGAAAUCCAGAUACUGAAAGAGUCCAGAGAGCAUCUGACACAGAAGGUUACAGCGUUGCACGAUCAGAUCAGUCAGCUGAACAUGAAGGAGUUGGCCGACCGUAUCGCAGCUAUGGAGCAGUACUGCCAUCAAGUGGAAGAUCUGGACAACACCACCAAAGAGCUGAAGGAGAAGCUCACUCAGUAUCCUCUACCAGAGGAGCUGACGCAGUGUGUCACAUGGGAAGUCAUGCAGGCGGCACUCAUCAGUGAGAGACAAAAGAUCCACGAGGGUCUACAGAACACCAUCACCAUCUCUGCUGUGAAAAACACUGCACCCCUCCAUUCUUCAGACCAGGACACCUCGUUCAAGGAGGACACUGCAGAUAGUUCUCGGCGAGUUUCUCCACCCCAGCACACACGGUCUGACGGGUCUCUGUUCACGGGCCGCCGGCUGUCCCGCGUCAGCAUCGGGGCUGAGCAGUACCCUGAGACGGUAGAGGCUCUGAUGGAGGUGGGGAGACUGAAAGACAGACAUGAGAGUCUGGAGGCCCGUGUGGAGCAGCUGGAUGCAAACAAGGCUGAUAAGAGCCAGCUUCAACAUCUGAGUGAUCUCCUCACUGCCAUGGGGGAGAGGCAGAUACCUGAUCAUGUGCCAGAGCAGCUGAAUCAUCUGAGGUCGCUCGUGGAUAGUCUUUUGUCAGAUACAGAGAAGGUGUCAGAGCUGAACACAGAGUCUGCAGGAGAGAGAACAGGUUCAGUCAGCUGCCAGGAGACACUCACAUCUCAGAUAAAGCAGAUGACCCUUAACAUAUCUUAUAUCAGAAGUACAGUACAGCAGCUGGAUGAGAAAGUGCAGAAGCUCACAAGAGAGAUAGAUGACAGACUGGAGGAGAAAAGUGAUAAAGAAAGACAAAUGCAAGAGCAGUUGAACAGCCUUAGGUUGAUGUUGGAGGAUACGAUGAAGUACUCCUCUUCUCCUGUCUCAAACAGUCAGCAGCUGGAAACAAUGGGCUUCAGCAAAGACAAUAGGGAAAGCUUGGGUUUGGGUCUAAGUCAGAUUGCAGAUAAGACUCAGGGUUUGGUUCAAGUACAGGGUCAGAGUUUGGGUCAGGUUCAACGGCAGACAGGACGGCAGGAACUGGACCAGGGUGGCGGUCAGUCGUACCAGCAGUAUGAAAAGCAGAAGGGCAUGACCACUCCUCUCAUGAACCAGGAACAUGGCAGGUCUCAGAACACAGAGCUGGUUAGUGAUGUACAGUCAGCCAUACUGCAGCUACAGGCCGAGUAUGAGAAACUCCACAACACAACUAAACAUCUGACGGAGGAACACAGCAACAAACAGAUCCACAUCGAUCGUCUCUACAAGACUCUAGAGGAGCUGAAUGAAAAGAAAGCUGAUAAGGAGCUGGUGGAGAUGGAGAUCGAAAUUAAAGCAGACAAACGGGCUCUGGAGAGCAAGGUGAGCCGUAUGCAGUUUGACAGCAUGACAGAGCAGCUGAAUAACAUGCUGCAGGAUGUGCUCAGUAAGAUGAGCGGUCAGGAGAAAGACUGGCACAAGGUCAUGGAGAAGAUCUCCACUGAAAUGGACUGCAAGUUGAACCGGAUUGAACUGGAUCCUUUAAAGAAACAGCUGGACGAUCGCUGGAAGAGCAUCCACAGACAGCUGCAGACCCCUCCGGCCCCCGAGCAGGACGACGCCGCGGGAAUCAGGAAACAGUUGCUGGCUCGGUUUCACUGCAUUUCCUGUGAUCGUCCGGUGGAUAUGAUGACACCAGGACAGCAACUGUGCCCUCUGCCCUAUGCCCCAGGACUGCCGUCUCACAAGUCCAGCCGGCCAUACACUGUUUAUGAGCUGGAACAGGUGCGACAGCACUGCAGAAGUCUGGCAUCACACAGUAACCAGGAUAACUAUAGGAUGGCUUGUUUUAAGAGAAGCGUGAGACAUGAUCUGCGCAGUCCAGCUUUAAAGUACAGACAGAUAGAGCAAGAGAGUGCAUUUCCCACAUUGAGGACAGCGGAGCACCCUGGCAGACGGACUCUUACAGAACUGUACCCCCGGAUCCGGCCCAUCCUGAGCCCGCUAAAGAGCAACAGCCAGAUGCCGAAGAAGCUUGACAGGAUCCCAGAAAUGGCCGAUUACAGUUACCUGGCCCGCAGCUGUGGGGGCAGCCAUACACUCACCUACCCCAACCGCAGAUGCACUCGUCUCCAACACAUCACACACCUGAUCCAGACUGAGGAGGAGAGUCAGCACGUGUCCUCUGUACCUCACACACAGGCAGAAGAAGUGGACAUCAUGGGUUUAGAUGGACAGGUCUACAAGGGCCGUAUGAACAGCAGAGCUGUGAGGGCCACAGAGUCCAGACUACCCAACAUCUCUUCAAGAGAAGGCAACUGCAAAAGCAAAGACAAGGUCAGUCGCUCGCAGUCGCAGCGGUCCAGCGGAGUGGACACCGGCCGGGGAAGCCCAGUGAGGCCACAGAGUGCCAAGACUCACCACACCCGCUCAGCCUCUAGCAGCUUAGUCCGAGAGCGGCCCAUGUCCUCCAUGGAUUGCCUUUCCCAGCCAAUUGUGCUCCAGUCCUCGUUUCAUGACACCCCCACCGAACUCCACAAAGAUCUCAACCCAUCAGAAGAGGAGCCAUUGACAUCACUGUAGAGCUCCUCCAAUAGUCUUAAUCAAUUGUUUCAGUGAAUGAACCAUUUACAACGGCAGAGACACGUGAGCUUUCUCUGUAACAUCUUUUGAGGAAUUUCUAUAUAAGACUGAAUAAAUAUUUAUAUGCAUAUCAUAUUAAAUACAGUAUUUAAGAUACAGUACCUCAGUCAAAAGUACAGAUACCUUGACUCAAUCUAUUUUUUUUAUUUUCAGAUUGUAAAGUCAUCAAAACUAUAAAAUUGUAUUCAACAUUUUUAAAACACAAAUCAAAUGUCUUAUAGUUUAAACAUAACUUUUCAGAUAAAAUGAUUUUUAUAAUCAUAAGACUCGUUAAUCAUAAGAGUCUAAACAUGUUCACAUUUUCUUGCUCAAUAUCACUCUGAAUGUGUUGGAAUAACACUGGUGUUUACGUUCAGAACAUUUUCUGUUCAAAUCUUUUGCAGCUGUUGCAGAAACUGUAUCCAGAGAACAGAAUGAGUAUUUGAAAUUCUGGUUGAAUCCAUUUCCGUAAAAUCACUAUGAGGAGUUUAAUCUGUUUGAGCACAUGUAUCUACCUCUCAGAAUAAAAUGGCACUCUUAUCAGUUUGUCUACAUUCUUCAAGCGUAUUUUUUAUAACAAUGGGCUACGCGUGUUUUAGAUGCAAAGGACAAUGAACACUGUUCUUAAAGCUUUAGGAAACUAGGUUGAGAUGUACGGUAAACAGUCUGACACACAUUUUGCGGCUGGAGUUACAUUUCCACCACAACACUGUUGAUAUUGCACUUAUCACAAUGACACAUAAUGCUAAAUGGCAGGACCUAUGGCGCGAAAAAUGCUGGGUUGUUUCAAGUCGGGUAAAAUAUGGACAAAACAAAACACUGGGUUUAAAUGAACCUAGGAAAUGUCAAUAUUUGACCUAACCACAGGUUGAAAAAAAACAUGAUUCUUCAGUGGCUCUAUAUAGAAGCUCAGUUCUCCCAAAGAACCUCUGAAGCACCGAUAUAUGGUUCUAUAUAACACUUAAAGUGGUUCCCUUAUGAUCACGAGCCAAGAACCACUUUUUGGUACUAUAUAGCAGGGGUUUUCAAACUGUGGGUCAGGACCCCCUAGUGGGUCGCACAGUGGAAUGAGGUGUGUCGUGGAAAGUCACUUGGCUUUGAAUGAAACACAAAAAAACAGAUUGGGAAUACCAAAGCUUGGAUGUUUUACCAUUAGAUAGUUUGGUAUUGCCGCUUAAAUAUAAUUUCUUCUAUUUAGGGAAAAUAAAACUCUUCUAGUUGUAGAGGAUGAAUGUUUAUUUUCUGCCCAUAUUUCCAUUUAAAAAUAUUUUGGUGGGUCUCAAGGUAGAUUAUACCUGUCUAGGUGGGUCCUGGAAUGAAAAAGUUUGGGAAUUGCUGCUAUAAAGCACUCAUUUUUAAAGUGUACUAACGUGUUUUUUGAAAAAAAUAAAAUUUGCGUCCAAAAAAUUCGCACAUUAAAAAAAAAUACGACCUCACGUUGUGUCACAUUUACACACUGCCUCCGAUAUUUUCGUCCAUCAUAAAAAAAAUUGGACUGGGUUCGAUUUUCAGCAUUUUUCGCAUCUUUAGGACGUAUUUUGAGAGGCAUUAUGACAAUCCAGAGACAACAUACAAACGAGUGUCAAAUACAAAAAAAAUGCAUACGUAAUCUCGGACUGUAUGUGCAAAGACAUGUAGUGUGUAUAUUUGAUUUUGUAGAACGUGUGAAGUUAAACACGCAUGUAACACACGCGGAUCACACACACUUCCUCUGCCUGUUUAUAGGCCUCAUUUCCAAAUAACUGUUCACCAUGUCUUUGUACUUCACAUGACACGCAAUGUUCUUCACGCAGAACACCACAUGCAAACGGAUCUCAAAAGCACAACAAUAUUACACAUGCUGAUUUACUACAUAGUAUGGACGAGGGCUAAACAUGGAACAACACAAGAUUGAGUUUCUAUGUGAACUCUUCCUUUAAUUAUGAGAAUGUUUUGAGCGUUUGUUUGGAUUAUAUCAUAACCAGCUUGGGCUUGCACAUCCAAUAUCAUAAGGGUGUCCUACUUUCAGCCAUGUAAAAGUCUGUUAACAUACCAAUACGCUUACAAAAUCACUCUUUGUAACCUACGCUCUCAGGGUUUGUGUUAGUCAAUGCACCCUAAAGUCAAUAACGAAACCCCACUAGUCAUUAAAUCCUUUAUUAUGACCAUAAUAAAAACACAAUGACCUCCAAAAUGGUUUCAGAUCAAAGCUUUUGUGUCAGACAUAUAAAUACAAAUCUCAACAAGGGAAAAGAACAGAAAGCACAGGAGGAAAAUCCCAUACAAAAAGUUUGCAAAUGAGGUCAACCCUCCUGCCUCUCUGUAUAUGUUGUUUAUCACAGGCAGUCUAAACAAACACGUCCCCCCAAGAACCCAAACGUCUGUGUCAAUGACAUCACAUCGGCACUACGACUAAGGUGAGAAUACAACUGUUCAAACAGUCGACGCGUCUGACUGUCAGCGCUUGAGAGAAUGACAUUUGAGAGCAUAAAUCCUGUUGCCAUGAGACUUCAGCCCAAAUCCUGCUAUUCUUACAGAGCAACAGCUGAAUAACACCGACGUCAUUCAAGCCUCAAGGCACUGGGCCGGCAGCUCGAGACAUUUGACAUCGGACGUUGACCUGCCGUUGUGGGAUUUGAUAAAGAGCAGAUUCUCGACUCUCAACGUAGAGUGCGACACCUAAAUCCUCACUGAAAAUGGUCUCCAGAGGAUUUUUUAAGAAAAGGCCCUACACAGCAAACCAGAUAAGAAGGAAGACCAAACAGUUAUCCGCAAUGUCGCUGUAGUAAAAUUUCAUAAAACUGAACGUACUUUUCACAUUUCCAGUGCAUUUCCGGGCCAAAACAAAAACAGGUGGUUUAUAGUGUAGCUUUUAAGGAUUAAAUGCCAUGUCAAAGACUGUAAAUUGAAGAUUCACAUAAUAAUUCAUUACGCAUGCAAUCUGUCAGAUUCAUUUUGCCAUCUCAUAAUCAUGUCUACAACAAUCUUUUGGGACUGACGUAUUUUUAGGAUGCGACUGUACAGUAAAAAACAUCUAAUAUAGCCUACUAUACAAUUUGUCGCACUGAAAUCAAGGGAACGAUUUAUCUUAAAGGGAUAGUUCACCCCAUAAUGAAAAUUCGGUUAUGAAUUACUCAACCUCGAGUUGGAAAACGUGUAUAAAUGUCAUUGUUUUGUUAAACACAAAGAGACAUUUCUGAGGCACCUUUGACUACCACAGUAGGAAAAAUGACAAUGGUAGUCAAUGGUGGCCUAGACCUGUUUAUUUUUCAAAGAUUUUCAAAAUUUCUCAAUUUGUGCUCGGCAGAACAAACCAUUAUGGAAUAAUUUUCUACUAUGCUAGUCCAUGAUGUCCAAGAAAUGUCACUUGCUAACAAUCAUCCAAAUAUCUUUCGUUGUGUUCAACCUAACGUAAAAAUGUAUACAGGUUUGGAGUAAUUCAUGACAGAAUCUUCAUAUUUGUGUGAAAUAUUCUUUUAAGAAUGUAAAAUUACUAUUAGACUCAAUUCUGUGAAAUCGAAGGUCUGCAAGCAAAACCUUUGUAACUUAAAUAUGGCGUCAAACCCUGACUAACAUCCACACUACAGUUAAACUCUACGAUGACAGCGGGGAUUGUCUUUUAUGAGUGAACCGAGAGAAUGUGACAUCAUAUCAAAAUAAAACAUCGUCUCAGAAUACGACGUUCAUAUCGGCGUUCGGGUCUAGGGUCAGUCUCUUCACAGCGAUCUUUAAGACACGAUGCCAUGAAGUGACACCAGAUCGGACCUCUUCUAGAGACGUGCGAGUCAAGGCUGAUCGGUUUCAGGCGUCGCGUUCAGCAGUGACCAUGAGGUAUUUGAGGCCUCUAUGGCUCCAGCUCACACAGAAAGCCCAUUCAGCCGCAGAGAGGUAGAAUCAGGCCACGGCCGGAGCUGAGGUAGGUGAAGCUGAGCUAAGCUUUACUCUGUGGAUCCAGCUCGACCAUCAAACAUUAGACCCUUUAUAUCUUUACAAGAGUGAACUAGUAUUUUAGUCUGAGGAGAACAAUAAUCUUCGUUGGUCCGGUUUUCCAGUCAAAUAUCUAAACAUUGUAAUAUAACAAUAUAACUUUUACAGGAGGCAAAAUGGCAUAAGACUACUUUGUAGAGAAUUUAUGUUAUCCCGUUAGUUUGUUUAGAAAUCGUAAAUCUGACAAAUGUUGUGAUUUAUGUCUCAAACUAAGAAAUCUUGUAC